GCGGCGGGUCCGCCUCUUUCAUUGAUGAAAUUUAAAUUCCUCGGGGUUUGCCUCCCGCCCGCCGGCCCGGGAGGGACUGCUCGGCUGAGGGGCCAGCGCGGCGGGCGGGCUGCUCCCAGCGGGACCGGGGCCGCCGUCUCUCCCGCCUCCCCGCAGCUGCUCGAUCGCCGGCGGCGGCCAGCCUCCGCAGGGGCGCGGGGAGACAGCCUGCCUCCCCCCCCGGCCCUUCCCUCCCCAGCCCUGGGGUAAAGAAAACACCCAAACAAUUCGGUCUUUAUUUAUAAGAGCACAGUAUUUAUUUUAUUAAAGAGCGAAAAUGUCGUCUUUUGCGAAAGAUUUCAGCAAAGCAAUGUCUCAAGCUGGCACUUCACAGUUUCAGGAAGUCAUUCGACAAGAGCUGGAGUAUUCAAUGAAAGUAGAACUUGAUAAGAUACUUGCGACUGCACCUUCAAAUGAGCUAGAGCACACUAAAAAGGACCUGGAAGGAUUUAAGAAGCUAUUUCAUAGAUUCCUACAAGAAAAGGGACCAUCUGUGGACUGGGGGAAGAUUCAGAGACCUCCAGAAGAUUCUAUCCAGCCUUAUGAGAAGAUAAAGGCCAGAGGACUGCCUGAUAACAUUGCUUCUGUCUUGAACAAGCUGGUGGUUGUGAAACUAAAUGGCGGCUUGGGCACAAGCAUGGGUUGUAAAGGCCCCAAAAGUCUUAUCGGGGUGCGGAAUGAGAACACCUUCUUGGAUCUGACAGUUCAGCAGAUUGAGCAUUUAAACAAAUCCUACAACACUGAUGUUCCUCUUGUUCUCAUGAAUUCCUUCAACACUGAUGAUGACACAAAGAAAAUCUUGCAGAAAUACAGUCACAGCCGUGUGAAGAUAUAUACUUUUAAUCAAAGCAGGUAUCCUAGAAUUAACAAGGAAACUCUGCUGCCAAUAGCCAAGGAUGUAUCUUACUCAGGAGAGAAUACAGAGUGCUGGUAUCCCCCAGGCCACGGAGAUAUCUAUGCCAGUUUCUAUAACUCUGGUCUGCUGGAUAACCUUAUUGGAGAGGGGAAGGAAUAUAUUUUUGUAUCCAAUAUAGAUAACUUGGGUGCCACUGUGGACCUUUACAUUCUUAAUCAUCUUAUGAACCCACCCAAUGGAAAACGUUGUGAAUUUGUCAUGGAAGUCACAAACAAAACCAGGGCAGAUGUGAAGGGUGGCACGCUUACGCAAUAUGAAAACAAGCUGAGGCUGGUGGAGAUAGCUCAGGUCCCAAAAGCACACGUGGAUGAAUUCAAGUCCGUGUCAAAAUUCAAAAUAUUCAAUACCAACAAUUUGUGGAUUGCUCUGUCUGCAAUUAAAAGGCUGCAAGAGAAGAAUGCUAUUGACAUGGAGAUCAUUGUUAACCCAAAGACUCUGGAUGGAGGCUUGAAUGUUAUCCAGUUGGAGACUGCAGUUGGUGCUGCUAUUAAGAGUUUUGAGAACUCUCUGGGGAUAAACGUACCUCGUAGUCGUUUUCUGCCUGUUAAGACCACGUCAGAUCUCUUGCUUGUGAUGUCUAAUUUGUAUAGCCUUAAUGCUGGAUCUCUAACGAUGAGCGAGAAGCGUGAAUUUCCAACAGUGCCUCUUGUCAAACUGGGAAGUUCUUUCACAAAGGUUCAAGAUUACCUGCGGCGGUUUGAAAGUAUUCCAGAUAUGCUGGAGCUGGAUCAUCUCACAGUUUCAGGUGAUGUUACAUUUGGGAAGAAUGUUUCAUUAAAGGGAACAGUUAUCAUCAUUGCAAAUCACGGCGACAGAAUUGACAUCCCAGCUGGAGCCCUACUAGAGAACAAAAUCGUAUCUGGCAAUCUUCGGAUCCUGGACCACUGAGUCGGGGAAAGGGCACGGCUGGUUCUGUAGACUGCUGUGCUAAACCAGCCUUGUACUGGAAGAACCUUUUAAGCAUUAGAAAUAUAAGUACACAGAGGGCCUAUGCUUUGUCAUCUUCACAGUACCCUGCAGUAUUAAUUUAAAAUUAAUUUCUCUUGCUUAUCUUUUUAAGCAGACACAUAGCGCAAUGGAUGUGCGUAAGUAAUGCUUCAGUCCUUAAAGAGAUUCUGUAACUCAGUUAAUAUAACCUUGAAGUGCAAUACUGUUUGUCUUGCGGUAAGAUGGACAGAUCUUCUUUGAUAAGAAGUUAAGAGGCUUGCCUCUAACAUUUAGUAGUUUUGAAUUGCUUGUAACUGCAGAAAUAAAGCUGUGAAGCAAUACAUGUGGGACAACAUGGUUAGCUACUCAUGUGACUUUUUAUGAAGUAUAAGUAAGUGCAGGCACAGUUAAAAACCAAAAGUUUCACUACUGCUGAACAGGCUGUUAAAAACCCUGUAUUUCAUGUGCUCACAACUCUCCCCACCUAUAGCCCUCUUUACCCCCACAAACUACAAGUGGGAUGUCCUAUCCCAGUUGUAUGUCAAAUACUGGGGUAAGGCUGUCAAUACCUCCAUUUCUGUAUUGUGAGUGGGAAUCAUUGGUGUUCCAAACUCGCCCAAAGAAUCUAAUACUUGAGAAAAAUGCCUUGCUAUCCACAUGUGGUGUUUGCUCUUUCACAUCCCAUUUAAGACUGGAUCUCCUGUUAAUAUCUUUAAAUCCUUGAGCUGCCCUCUUUUUUCAAUAAAUGGAUCAUGUUGACUACACCCGUGUUCAUAUUGUCACAGCCAUGUAUGUUAAUUUAUCUUCUCUUGAGUAAUUUCUAAAUUUGUACAGGAAAUGAAAUCCCUGUCCUGAUCACUAUUGAUUUCUUAAUGUUUCUCUUGUAUUUACAUGCAGACAACUUUAUUUUGUAAGCUUAGUAUAACACUGGUAUGUAUCAUUAAAGAAGUUGGUCUUUAAAAACAA